CCCCACAUGACGUCAGUGCGGACGGUCUUCUUGGCUCCGCUGCUCCUCCGCCUGCGUCCGCCGCUGACAGCUCCUCUACAGCCGCACCGAAUCAAGUCUGAAGCCGAAGCCUGAAGUAAACGAGCUCCGCGUCUGAGAGUUGGACGCGUCGGGAAUUUACUAAACGACAUAUUUAUUAACGCUAGAUAUUUUAGUAAGAUGUCUGUGUAUAGCUAAGGAAGAACCCGGCAACCAAAAUGGCACAAAAAGACACGCUGCUACAUCUCUUCGCUGGGGGGUGUAGUGGAACUGUGGGGGCCAUUGUGACGUGUCCUCUGGAGGUGCUGAAAACCCGGCUGCAGUCAUCAGGGCUUGCUCUCCGGCCCAUUUACCAGGUCCAGCUCAGUGGCACUGGAACUGGGGUCAUCCGUCCUGGGACUGUGACGCCCGGUCUCCUACAAGUCUUACGGUAUGGACACUUUGGCAAUCCAGCAGGAGAGAGUUGGAGGUCCAUCCUUGAAAAAGAGGGACCACGAUCACUGUUCAGAGGCCUGGGACCAAAUCUUGUUGGUGUAGCUCCCUCAAGAGCCAUCUACUUUGCUGCUUACUCAAAGUCAAAAGAGCUGUUCAAUGGGCUUUUUGUCCCCAACAGUGGACUGGUGCACAUGUCGUCUGCGGGCGCUGCAGCGUUUGUGACGAAUUCUCUGAUGAACCCGAUCUGGAUGGUCAAGACCAGGAUGCAGCUUGAGAAAAAAGCCCGAGGAGAGAAGAAGAUGAACGCACUGCAGUGUGCCCGUUAUGUUUACAAAACAGAAGGUGUUCGGGGGUUUUACCGAGGCCUGACUGCGUCCUACGCCGGGAUUUCGGAAACUAUGAUAUGUUUCUUGAUCUAUGAAACACUGAAAAAGCACCUUGCCAAGAGCCAAUUUGUCUCACCCAGCGGAGAAACUGAGAGGGGGGCAUCGGACUUCCUCAGUCUCAUGAUGGCUGCUGCAUUUUCAAAAGGCUGUGCGUCCUGCAUUGCCUACCCUCACGAGGUCAUUCGGACGAGGCUGCGAGAGGAGGGCAGCAAGUACAAGUAUUUCUUCCAGACGGGGCGGUUAAUAGCCGUGGAAGAGGGCUAUGCAGCUUUUUAUAGAGGACUCAUUCCACAGUUAAUCAGGCAGAUCCCCAACACAGCCAUUGUCCUCUCUACAUAUGAACUUAUUGUGUACCUGCUCGGAGAUGCCAAGUGAGGACAUUUUUGCUCCACUUGUGAGUGCACAAAACCGGCGAGGGCUGGCCAAUGGACUUAAUAUGUAGCACACUGAAAUUUGAACGGCGCUGCUAUAGAGACUUCUCUGGUGAAACUGAAGCAGUCUGUACUGUUAUCCAAAGAGUUUAAUGUGUUUUAUUUAACUGCAAGCUUGUAAUUAGGAGAUUUUCAGUGUAACUGAAGAAGUCAUGGUACAGUUCUUGUCAAGUCAAACUUGUGAAAAAGGUCAUCUUCUCAGAGGCUUGGUGUUAAGUUAUAAAUUAUUUUGUUAUUUUAUGGUUGUGUAUAUUUUCUUUCUUUUGUUGUAUACUUUAUGUUAAUUCACCAAUGAAACUAAGCAGGAUGAUAUUUAAUAAUGAAGCGACAAACUAAGUUAGUGCUAUGAGUAACUGUUCAUUGUAAAGACCACACAACCAAGAUUUCUCCUGUUAAAUGCAAAGUGCUGUUAUGAAGUUAAAAUUACAGAGAGAUUAAUCUUAUUUUUCUUUAAUAUAUUCAGGAUACAGACAUUUCUGUAUGUUUUCUUUAUGGAAAAAGAUGCUCAUGUUUUACAAGAUAAUAUUGUGGAUGCUUAUUUGACCAGUGGAUCAAUAAAAUGCAUCUAUAAAAUGA